AUGUGGGAGGAGAGUGAGGGUAGCAGCACAAAGCGGGGCGGCUCUCGGAGCAUAGCUGACCCUGCAAAACUUCACGACGCAGUGUUCCAGGAAUUGAUGCAGGAAUGUAAACACAGUGCACCCGGAGCUCGUCUUUCGGCCCGCCUACGCACUGCACUGGAGAGGAUGAGUCCUCGAGCGCGUCGCGCGCUGUGCGACCGCAAGCAGGACGGCUGCGCGCCGCUGUUCGUGGCGUGCAAGCGCGGCAACGUGGAGAUCGUGGAGUACCUCAUCCACGUGUGCGCGGCUGACAUCGAGCAGCGCGGCGUGUACGAGGUGCCGGACGACCGCUCCGUGCACACCGUCACGCCGCUGUGGUGCGCCGCCGUCACGGGCCGCCUCGAGGUGCUGCGCGUGUUGGCCGACGCGGGCGCCGACGUCAACGCGGGCAGCGACAGCGGCUCCACGCCCGUGCGCUCCGCCUGCUUCAUGACGCACCUGGACGUGGUGCGCUUCCUCGUGGCGCGCGGCGCCGACAUCCACCGCCCCAAUCACAACGGCGGCACGUGUCUCAUCAACUCCGUGCAGAGCGUGCGUCUCUGCGCCUUCCUGCUGGACCACGGGGCGCAGGUCAACGCGCACGACACUCAGAUGAAGACCGUGCUGCACUACGCCAUCCAGGAGCAUCGCAUGGAGACCACGCGUCUGCUGCUGGAGCACGGCGCGGACCCUCACCUGGCGUCGCGCGCAGGCGACGACGCACUCAGGACCGCGUGCCUCAAGGGCGCUUCGCAGAUCGUGAGCCUUCUCGCGGGGCGCGUGCGCUACGAGCCGGCGCGCAUGGCGGACGCGUACGAGCUGCUGGGCUCCACGCAGCUGGACGAGUUCAACGACGUGACGGCGGCGCUGGCGGCGUGGCGGCGCGCCACGGCCAUCCGCCACGGCUGCGGCGCCUACAUCCCCAAGCGCCCCGUGCGCGCGCCGCACCGCGCGCUGGGCCACGCGCGCGAGUGGCGCUCGCUCGCCGAGCUGGAGCAGGCCGCCACCGACAUGGACUCGCUGCGCACGCAGUCGCUGCUCGUGGUGGCGCGCGUGCUCGGCGUCGAGCACAAGGACACCGUGUUCCGCCUCAUGUACCGCGGCGCGUCCUACGCCGACGCCUUCCGUUACCAGCGCUGCAUCGAGCUGUGGACGUGGGCGCUGCAGAUCCGCAUCGAGAAGGAUUCGCUGCUCGCCACGGACACGUGCCACACGGCGUGCGCGCUCACUCGGCUCAUGCUGGACGCGCGCGGCGGCCGCCUCGAGCGCGGUCGCGGGCUGCCCGCGCAUCAGGACGUGUUGCGCGUCUUCCGCCUGCUGGCCGACGACCUGCCGGGCUGCCGGCGCGCGCUGGAGGUGCGGCCGGUGCACAAGGCGCAGGCGGACACGUUCGACCGCGCGCUGCGCUGCGUGACGCACCUGAUGUACCUGCUGCAGCAGACGGCGCGGUCGGAGGCGGAGCGGCGCGCGAGCGCGGCGGCCGUGCGCGCGCUCGUGCGUGCCGACGUGCGGAGCGCGCACACGGGCGACACGCUGCUGCACCUGUGCGUGUCGUGCCUCAACGUCAUUCGUUCCACGUACUUCGCCGACGAAAUGGACGUAACGCCCAUCUUCCCGAGCGUGGCGGUGGUGUCGCUGCUGCUGGAGUGCGGCGCGGACGUGCGCGUGCGCAACGAGGCGCGCUCGACGCCGCUGCACGUGGCCGCCAUCCCGUACAACUUCAGCACGGAGCUGGUGGAGGUGCUGCUGGCGGGCGGCGCGCACCUGGACCAGCCCAACAAGUUCGGCGACUCGCCGGCGGAGCUGGUGCCGCUGAACCGCGACUCGCGCGUGCGCGUGGUGCGGCACGUGUCGCUGGCGUGCCUGGCCGCGCGCGCGCUGCUGGCCGCGCGCCGCCCCGCGCCCGCGCACGCGCUGCCCGCCACGCUGCGCGCCUUCCUCGACAUGCACCGGCCCUAG